AUGGAAGAACCCAAAGAAAUCAAAAAAUUGGACGAGGCUGUAAUUAACCGAAUCGCCGCCGGUGAGAUAAUUCAAAGGCCGGCAAACGCCCUUAAGGAAAUGAUCGAGAACAGUCUCGACGCCCACAGCACGAAUAUCCAAAUUACGGUCAAAAACGGCGGCUUGAAGCUGCUCCAGAUUCAAGACAAUGGCACUGGCAUCCGUAAAGAUGAUUUUGCCAUCGUUUGCGAGCGUUUCACCACUUCGAAAUUGCGCGAAUUUGACGAUUUGCAAAAUAUCGCCACGUACGGCUUCCGGGGCGAAGCCCUGGCCAGUAUCAGUCAUAUCGCGCACUUGACUAUCGUGUCUAAAACGUGCAACGAGCUGUGCGCCUAUAAGGCCCAUUUUGUUGACGGGAAGCUCCAAGGGGCCCCUUUGCCGACUGCGGGGAAUCAAGGCACGAUUGUUACAGUCGAAGACCUGUUCUUCAAUAUGUCAGUCCGGAAAAAAGCACUGAGGAGCCCCGCUGAAGAGUAUCAAAAAAUUUCAGAAGUUGUGGGGAAAUACGCAAUUCAUAACAGUAAGGUCGGGUUCGGGCUGAGAAAAUCGAACGAAAAUAACGAUAUCAGGACCCCGCCCGACUCGACGUGCGUUGAGAACAUUAGAAUUGUCUACAGUAAUACGAUUGCACGAGAGUUGGUUGAUUUUGAGUUAGAAAAUGAUAUUUUAAAAUUUAAAGCACGGGGGUACAUGACGAAUGUCAACUAUUCGAGCAAAAAAUUCACCUUUUUAUUGUUUAUCAACAAUAGAUUAGUCGAUUGCAAUAAUUUGAAGAAAUGUAUUGACCAGGUCUAUGCGACUUAUCUGCCGAAAAACAGCCACCCGUUUGUUUACCUAAGCCUUGAAUUAGACCCCGUAAGUGUCGACGUCAACGUGCACCCCACCAAACACGAAGUCCACUUCCUAAACGAGGACCAAAUCGUCGAGGCAGUUUGUGGCGCCCUUGAGACCCGACUCUUGAAAUCGAACAAUUCUAGAGUCUACUACACCCAAGCCAAACUGCCGGGGGCCCAAGCCGAUAAUUUACCCCUCAAAGACACGGACAAGUCAAAGAUAUACCCGAAAGAAUUCGUCCGAACGGACGCUAGUGAGCAAAAAAUCGAGAAGUUUUUUGGAGCCCCAAUGUCGGAAAAAGAGGGACUGAGCGCCCCCUUCAUUUCCAAAGUCAAUAGGGUGGACACUGAACUGACGAGUGUCCUGGAACUGCGCAAAGCCGUCGAAAAAAACUGUCACCGGGUGCUGCGCGACCUUUUCGCCCAGCAUGUCUUUGUGGGGGCUAUUAACCCCUCCCAGGCCCUGAUCCAAUACAGCACAAAGUUGUUUCUGUGUAAUACUAGAAAAAUCAUGACGGAGCUGUUAUACCAGUUCGUUUUGUAUAAUUUCCAAAAUUUCGGUUUCAUCAAUUUUACGAAGCCUCUAUCGGUUUAUGAGUUGGCGUUGCAAGGGCUGGAGGUACCGGAGGUCGGCUGGACGCCUGAAGACGGGGACAAGGCGGAUUUGGCGCAAAAAAUCACCGAGAUUUUGACCAAAAACGGGGAAAUGUUGAACGAAUAUUUCUCGCUGAAUGUUGACAAGACGGGGCGGUUGGUUUCGCUUCCGCUGAUUUUGGAUAAUUACACGCCUGAUAUUGCCGGGCUUCCGGUGUACGUGGUUAGAUUAGCGACUGAGGUUACUUGGGAGUCGGAAAAGGAAUGUUUCGAGACAGUGGCCAGAGAAACCGCUCUUUAUUACUCCAAAAUGAGCGAGAACUCAAAGUGGGAGAGCAACGACUGGAAGUGGGUAACCGAGCACGUGGUGUACUCAGCAAUUAAGGAGUAUUUCAUGCCCCCGAAGAGCUUCACCGAGAACGUGUCAGUCCUGGAAAUCGCCAAUUUGCCCAAUUUGUACAGAGUGUUUGAACGGUGUUAAUAAAAUUUGAAAAAUG